AUGCAAACCCUUUCCAAUUCCCAACGCCCAGAGAAGAAAAGGCCCGCCGUGGAACCAUCCAACCCACCUCCAACCGCAGCAGCACCUGAGCCUAGUUCUCAAACGCAAUCGGGCGCACGAACGUCUUCCGGUUCGUCAAGGUCAUCGACGUAUAAAAAAGCCAACCCAGGCCAACAGCUUUCCCAGAUAGAGAAGAGCGUUACCCACUUACUCAUAGCCACAAAACAGCUACUGGAAACGCUCACGCAGUGGUCACGAGACAAUGCAACCGAGGGCGAUGUCUCAGAUGUUUAUGUCCGCCUCGGAUAUGAAUUCAACAUUGCAUGCCGCGCUUUCAAUAGUAUCGGCGUCGAUACCGCCGAUCUUGGGCCGGUGCCAGAGCUUCUACGGACAAUUCUUGAGGAAACGCUGAGCCAAGAAGCCAAUCCAGCAAGCCUUGACCUGUUUCUACCCCAAAUACGCGACAUCAUCAUCGGUCUUCUCCAUGGGUUGAAAAGGAAGCAGUCGAGAUUGAGAUCAAAAACUAGCAAGGAGGGUGGACCGAGUGGAGCUGUCAGCAGCCUUGGCUCGACCGGUAGCGCUAGUAGUCUCAAUACAGGCUUGACCCAGAUGUUGGAUGACGUUCCCACCCGGAGAUCAGGUGUGCAAAGUUCAGAGCGGCGCGCUGGCAGUGGAAGUACUUUAAAUGGACACAUGAUUGGUGGAGAAACAAGCAACGGAGAGGACCAGAGUGUUCCCCCACGCUUUUCCUCUAUACAACCCACCCGUCACAACAGUGGCGGCGGUCCGGGAGACAACACACCGAGUCGAAACUCCAACCGUGAGAGCCAGAGGCGCAUGCCCACGUCUUUCUCGGACUCCUCUUUCUCAAGCACCGCUUCGCAAUCCACGUCUGUACUGUCACCGCCUUCCGAUGGGGAGACGCUACCUAGUCACCAAACCGCGGCUAUACACCGACCAGCAUCUCAGUCCCAGUCCCAGAGGGAAACUCUUCCAAAUAUGCAACCGCCUCCUCCACCUCCACCAAAACAGCAAGAUGCCUUGGCCGCAUUGCAGAGAGGAGGCGACCUAGAACGAAGAGCUUCGAGACGCUACUCAGCCUAUCAGAUAUCAAGGCACCUCGGAGCUUCCCCAAAUGGCGUUCCUAUGCUACCCCCAGCGCAGAACUCUCCAGUCCCCAAUCGAGGCAGAGAUGUUAGAGAGUCGAUGAACGCUGUGCGAGUUCGGGGUUCAGGCAUUCUGAGCCGGCAGAAGUCUGUCAAGGAGCCCUCACCAGUCAGGAAUAAUAUAUCCGCGAACCGUAUAUCUGAAGAGAGCAGCCACAGCAACGAGGCCCAAGAGGCACGUCCGCAAGGCGAUGUGCAGAACACUGAUGGCCUGAGCUCCAAGGCAGCUGACGGCCCAUCCGGACCGGCUACCAGAAGCCCUGAUAUUGAUCAUCCCAAGAUGCGUGCGACUCUAACAAGCCCACCCGAUGGGUUGCCGGCUUACAACACGGCUGACGCCGGCGACCUAGAAUCUAUCAAGCGCCUUCCACGAGCUACGGCCGAUGGAAAGAGCAGCUAUUCUCAGCCUGUCGAUGGCGAUCAGACGAGUCAAGAUUUUGUGCCAGAGCAGUCCCCGCAACCAGGCAAAGAACUCACACUAUUCCUGCAGUAUAAGUCGCAAAUUAAAAAAUUCCUCCUUCCAGAGGGCUCGGACGACUUGUCUAUGGCAAGGUUACAACUUGCAUUCAUUGAGAAAUUUGCUUGGAACACCCACAAUAAUGGGAAUGACCUGCCCGAGAUCUAUAUCCAAGACCCUGUGUCCGGCGUACGGCAUGAGCUAGAGGAUCUCCGGGACGUGAAGGACCGGUCAGUCUUGGUGUUGAACGUGGAAGUAUUGGAUGAAGUAAAAAGACACAUCGAUGAAGGCCUCGGAGGCUUGCGAAAAAUGGUUGAGGGCGUUCGCAAUGCAGUUGACGGGCAGCAAAGUGCCUUGCAACGAGUUUCUGAGCGUCAGCAAGACACUACCAGAGAAAUGGCGCGCCUCUCUAUCACCCCUAAGGUAAAUCCAGCUCCAAUCAGGUCUUUUGAAAAGCCGAGAGUCAACGGUAUUCAACUAUCAACAUCCCCAAAAGCUCCGAAAGUGCCAGCGAAUCAGAUCACAGGCAUCCAGGAUCUACGACAAGAUCUCGCGGUUGUUCGUCAGACGUUCUCAUCCCUUGUAUCAGAUAUGAAUAGUUCCAUGGCCACAGUGCAAUCUAAUGCAUCAUCAAUCAAGACGAUGGCCAUUGAAGGAGUGCUGCCAGGCCUGGAUGAUUCAACAGGCCGAGCAUACGUUAACUCAGGCAAGAAGAGCCUAGGUGAAGAGUCAGAGAACAUUGUCAAUCGUGUCGACGAUCUUCAGGAUAUAGUGGAAGACCUUCGUAAAGAUGUGGUCAUGCGUGGUGUUCGACCACUCCCACGUCAACUGGAGAAAGUCAGCAAGAGCAUCAGCACAGCGACUGCGGAUCUUAAGAAGAUGCAAGAGUUCCUUAGGCGAGAGAAACCCAUCUGGACAAAGAUCUGGGAAAAGGAACUUGAGCUUGUAUGCAAUGACAGAGACCUUCUGACAAUGCAAGAAGAGCUCGCUACGGACUUGGAAGACGAUCUAGACAAGGCCACGCAGACGUUUGCUUUGGUCGAGCAGGCCACCAAGCAGCAAAAUCUGCAAUCCGGUCAAGGCAGUGCUGUUUCUUUACGUAGUACCUCCAAAGGAUUGGCAGCAAUUUCGACAGACCAAGUCAUGGAUCCCAUGAAAGCUAAAGACGGAGUUCUAGGAGAGGUCAGAGCUCUACGGCCCAACCACGAGACGAGGCUUGAAGCAAUUGAGCGCGCGGAGAAGGCAAGACACAGAGAGCUUGAGACCCGGCAAGAGGGUGAGUUCACAAAGGAGCUUGGAAGCUUCGUAGAAGAGGGAAAGCUCAAGAAAAGCGGUGGCGUUGAGGAAGCCGAGAGGCUGCGAAAGGCAAAGGAUGACAAGAACAGACGAGAAGCAUGGGAGAAGCAACAGGAGAUGGCAGCGAGUAAGAGCAAGAAUGCAGAGAACGCCCCGUCGGCAUCAGAACGACUAAGCGACCCUCGUGCGAAUGAGGACGAUUCUACCAGUCACGAGCAGGACGCAUCGGAGAGACCUGCUGUGGAGGAGCAGGUCGCGCCUGUAGAAGAAGGUGAGCGUGGAUUGCCAUCAUACUCAAAUAAAAUUCUGCUAAUAAAGUCUUCAAGAGUCAUCGAGGCGGACUUCGUGGCUACCAGCAAUUUUCACAUCAUGACAUGA